AUGUCUGAAAGAAAGGUGAUCAACAAGUACUACCCUCCAGACUAUGAUCCCUUGAAGGAAGAGAAAGUGAGAAAGGUGCGAAAGCCUGGUCCUGCAGGAUGGCCAACGGUGCGAUUAAUGAUACCUUUUUCCAUGAAAUGUCUGAACUGUGGUGAAUAUAUUGGAAAAUCAAAAAAGUUCAAUGCUAAGAAAGAGAGCACGAGGGAAGACUAUCUAGGGAUACGCAUUUUCAAUUUCCACUUCCGAUGUCCGCAAUGCUUUUCUGAUCUUGUGUUUCGAACCGACCCGAAGAAUGGAGAUUUUGAGUGUGUUUCAGGUUGUAGACGAAAUUACGAGCGAAAAGAAGGCAAAAUCGCAGCAGAAGAGACCAUGGACGAUAUAUUGAAGCGACUAGAAGAAGAAGAGCACAGAGAAAUGCUGGCAAAGGAGGGGAAAAAAGAAAACGAAGAAACGGCUAUGGAACAACUUGAGAGACGACUUAAUGAACAACAGAAAGAGCAGGAGGCGACAGAAGAGAUUCAGGAGCUUCAGGAGAGACACCGGCGCCUAGAACAGGCUAAGCCUAAAAUCCUGGAAGAUCAGGAGCUGCUGGAUGAAAAGGAGGCACAGCUGGCCUUCAAAACAAAGUGCCCAUCCAACCCGCCGACUGAAAAGCCCGCAUUGGAGGUCGACCCGAUUUCGCUGCUAUCAGGAUAUUCAUCGUCGGACGACGAGGUGGUUACGGUAAAACGCAAGAAAACAUCUUUGGGAAUACGGAAAAAAGUCAAGGUGUAG